GCAGACACCUGGGUAAACUUGUGCGCUUUGACUACUACCCGUGAAUCGAAAAUGAACAACCAUUUCGAUGCCGAACAACGCACAAAUCCAACCAAUGUUACCAAGGCCAAUACAAUUGAUUACUUUUGCGUAAUAACGUCAACAUUAAUUGUCCACACGGAAUCUGCUGGGUCAUUGGGUUUACUCUUCUGCCCAAGGUCUGGCUGCAUCCCACCACCCCCGGGCUGUAGUAUCCUUGCUGCCAGAUUAAAAUCGCUGUGCUAUUGGAAUUUGUGUGUUUUAGUUAAAACGUGCUUGUCACUUCUUCCUCUGGCAUUUGAGUUUAGAAUCUGUCUGCCAGAGAAAGGACUAUGAAGAGGUUAACACAUUUCACCACGGAUGUUUCUUCCCUCUUGACCGAGUAAUCGAACGUUAGUGAUGCACCCAAAGAGGUGUUCAAUGGAUUUUUUGCGCGUUUCGUGGAGGUUCUAAAUCCUGUAGAUCACCAAUUUUGCAGGACUUCCCAAGAAAACAACAACACAUUAAUUGACGGCUCUAAUUUUUGGACGUAACUUUUUUUUUUUUGGUAGGAUACUCUCAUCAUGACGAUUCUAUUAUCUCGGACUCAACUUGCCCUGUUUUUCAUUCUCCUAUGUCCGGUCAAUAUCAUUGGGUUAUGGUGGGCAGUGGGGAGCCCUCUCGUUAUGGAUCCCAACAGUAUCUGCAGGAAGACCAAGCAACUAGCGGGAAAGCAGGCCGAGCUGUGCCAGACCCAGCCAGAGAUCGUCCACGAGGUCGCCAAGGGUGCCAAGCUGGGUGUGCGGGAGUGCCAGUACCAGUUUCGCUUUCGCCGCUGGAACUGCACCAGUCAGAACAAGUACUUUGGCAAAAUACUCCAACAAGACAUCCGGGAGACAGCGUUCGUGUACGCCAUCACGGCAGCUGGGGUGACCCACGCGGUAACGCAGGCCUGCAGUAUGGGGGAGCUGCUGCAGUGUGGCUGUGAGGCGACCAGGAGCAGGGCUCCCCCCCGGCCUGCCUCCUUCUCCACCACCACCUCUGUCGAAGGAGUCAAGUGGGAGUGGGGCGGCUGCGGAGACGACGUGGAGUUUGGCUACGAGAAGUCCAAGCAGUUCAUGGAUGCCAAGAGGAAAAAGGGCAAGAGUGACAUCAGGACGUUGAUCGAUCUCCACAACAACGAAGCAGGACGACUGGCGGUGAGGAAUUAUAUGAGAACUGAAUGUAAAUGUCAUGGCCUGUCCGGGUCUUGCACACUCCGGACCUGUUGGAAAAAGAUGCCUCACUUUCGGGAGGUGGGUGAUCGCCUGCUGGAGAGGUUUAAUGGAGCUUCCAAGGUGAUGGGAGGCAACGAUGGCAAAACCCUGAUUCCUGUGGGCCAGAACAUCAAGCCUCCGGACAAACAGGACCUGAUCUACUCGGCCGAAUCGCCCGACUUCUGCUCACCCAACAGGAAGACAGGCUCGCUGGGCACGCGGGGCCGCAUGUGUAACAGCACAGCCAUGGACGUGAGUGGCUGUGACCUGCUGUGCUGUGAGCGUGGCUACCGAGACGAGACGGUGGUGUUCGAGGAGAACUGUCUCUGCCGCUUCCACUGGUGCUGCGUGGUGCAGUGUAAGAAGUGCUCGGUGAGGAAAGAGCUCAGUCUCUGUCACUAGCAUUACCACAGAGGAACUUGGUUGGUUUCAGGCCUCUUCAGCCUCACAGGAAUGAUGCACUGAGAUCAGGCUCCCACAGUUCACUUCAGGAGCACGCUGAAAGAUGAAUGUCUUAUCUAGGAUCAUCUUGGACAGACAGCUGGAGGAACUCUCCUCUCAAGCUGUAGAACAGUCCAGAAUGGCCACUACUUCAGUGCUCACCACAUAGAGCUCUAUGACCCUGAACUUAGGCUCUUUUUAAAAGUUACAUUUCAGCUCCCAGAACUUUCUAGAGCAGAAUGCUGGGUCCCAUGUCAUAUAAGACAAUCAGAAAGUUUGGUACUAUUCUCAGUCAUCUGUACAGAGCUGUUAGCCUCUAAAGCAGUGGUUCCCAAAUAUGUUUGCACAGUGAACCACCCACCACAAGUCUUUAGAAUUAGCCAUUGACCCAGAAAAUAGCAUAACAAGUGUUUCUAGCCUCAAACCCAAUGCUAAGACCCACUAAGAACGUGGGGCCUACAACCCAUCAUUAGGGAAAAACGUUGCAUAGUCAGUUAACCAUGUAUCUACGAGGGGUGACUAUUGUAAAGAAAACAUAAUGACUUUGCAUGUGGAAAAUACAGUCAUGGUGAUAAAAUAUUUUCCUAUGUAACAUAAAUGUCCUUCAUGUGAAAGGUAAAUGGACAUGCUCAACAUGGAAUACAGGUUUUUUGUAUCUAGCACAAAAUGUAUAAAAAAGGGAAAUGUGGGGUUGUGUUUUUGGAAGACGAACCGAACCCCAUCUUGUUUCAUGGUGAGGAGCUGAACUGACAUCCGAGACUAUUAUUUAUGAAAAUUUUUAUGACUAGACUACUCAUAGUGAUAAGGUGAGGAACGUGCCUACCGUCUCUCUGAAAAGCACUUUGGAUGUUGGAGCUAUCUAUGUAAGCCAUUUGUUACAUUUCUGGUUUUGUUUGUUUGAGUAGUUUGCAAAUGGAAAAAUAUGUUCAGACUGUUUUUUUUUUUUUUUGUAUGGUAUCGAGAAAGUAUGAUAUUAUGUUUAUCUGUUUAAUAUAAAGGGCUUUUGUAAUGCACUUUCAAUUAAAGCAUUUGUUACGUUAAGCUUUGUUAGGUAUAGUCAUGUUGUGCAGAAUAGCCAGUCACAAUCACAUACAAUGCUGACAAUGAAUCCAUGCAUUUGUCUCUUUGAUAAGUCAACUUGCUGAAGUGAGUUGGAAGUUAGAAAGACCAUUUAUUUUUACUCUCUCCCUAAAUUCUUUAGAAUAGGCAAAUAAGAUCUUCUUGCUUGUUUUUUUGGGGGGGGGGAAUAAAGCAUUCACUGUGAUUAAUAAUAAUAACGAUUCCUCAUGAGUUGUGUUGGUACCCAAACACGCUGUACAUUUUCUGUUGAUGUGCAUAGCUAUAAGUUAUUGAAAUGUACUGUGUCGUACCCUUCUUUUAGAGUACGUUUUUUGUUGUUGCUACUUACCUUUCAGGGAUCUGUAAGACAAGAAACCAUUGGCAAAACAAAGAGAGAGUACGAUGAGAGAUCACAUCGCUAUAAUUUAUUGCCAAUAUACCAUGGUUUAUGACCAGAUGAUUUCUGGCCAGAGUUCAUAGUUCAUAUCGUUACCAUAUCGUUACCAUGACAGUGACUACACACACCAUGUCAGUGACUACACAUCUGUGGAAUCAGCAACAUUUUGUGUUUAAUUUAAUCUAAAUACAGUUUUUGUACAAAAAAAGAAUAUGACUUUAAGGGAGAAAGACUUGGUAAAACUGAACUAUUCUGACUGAGAUUUACUACAAUAUUAGGCAUUCUUUACAUACAGUUAUGUUAGCAGUAGAACUGGUCACUUUACCAUGUUAAGUUUGAGUUGUAGUCGACCAAAUUAUGAAAUCAGACCAAAUGUGACAUUUCAUAUGUGAGAUAUAUGCAUGACUAAGCAAGGUCUUGGCCUAUCCAUUCCCCAUAGAACAACUUUUGGACUUGUUGGGCUGCCAGGAGCGUUUUACUGUUACUGUAUGUAUGUUUAAACAACCCUUUUGUCAAAAUGGAAGAAGGUUGUUUUGUUGCUUUCUGGAUUCAAAGCAAGACACAAGUUUAGAAAACAGGAUUUUGUCAUGGAAUGUUGAAUGAUUUAAAGAUCAUUUCUCAUUAUUUGUUUGGAUUCUUAGACAUCAUUUUGAUAUUCUCAUACUUAGUUGCUCAUUGAUUAAACUAUUAUUCUACAAAGUUCAUUUCAUGUCCAUUUAGUUACUUUCCAGUUACAGUAUUUAUAUAAAUUUAAAUAAAUUGGCAAAUGAGUUUCUGCAUUUACUAUACAAAUAAAAAGUAA